GUCCCUCCCUCUAAAAGCACUCUGUGUGGGGAACAUGAGAGCCAGACCAAAGCUCAGAGGAAGGAACAAGGAACUAAACGCAAACAUGAAGCUGAACCUGAACCCAGCUGUGUGUCCUUACAGAGUGACCGGUCUAAUGAUCACAUCAUUACCUUUAAAGUCCAGCCUGUGUCUGCUGCAGAGAGGAUCCAUGGGAGACCUGUUGGACCUGGACCCAGCUGUGUGUCCUUAAAGAGUGACUGGUCUAAUGGUCACAUUGUUGAUUUUAAAGUUCAGCCUGUGUCUGCUGCAGAGAGACAGUGCAUCUCCUCAUACUGGGACCAAUCUGCCUCAUCAGGAGACUCCUCCUGUCCCCAGUGUGAAGAAAGAACCAGAGCUGGACUGCAUACAGCCAGUCAGAGCAGCUGUGUACAAACAGAUGUUGGUCUGCAGGAGGUUUUAGAUGAACAUAAGAUCAGUCUGAGGAGGAGAUGUGAACGUGUGACUGAAGGAAGUGAGAAAACAGGAAGUAGAACCCUCCUCAACAGGAUCUACACUGAGCUCUACAUCACAGAGGGACAGAGUGAAGAGAUUCAUACCCAACAUGAGGUGAGGCAGCUGGAGACAGCUUCCAACAUGGAUGGCCUCCAUGACACUCCAAUCAGGUGCCAGGACAUCUUUAAAGCCUUCCCUGACCAACAGAGACCCAUCAGAGUGGUUCUGACCAACGGCGUGGCUGGUGUUGGAAAAACCUUCUCAGUGCAGAAGUUCACUCUGGACUGGGCAGAGGGCUUGGAGAACCAACAUGUCAGUGUGGUGGUUCUGCUUUCAUUCAGGGAGCUGAACCUGAUCAGAGAUGAGCAGUACAGUCUUCUGGAGCUGCUCCAUGUUUUCCAUCCAACAUUACAGAAGGUCACAGCAGAGAAGCUGGCUGUCUCUCAGCUUUUGUUCAUCUUUGACGGCCUGGAUGAAAGCAGACUUUCAUUGGAUUUCACCAACAGGAAGCUGCUGUCUGAUGUCACACAGAAGUCAUCAGUCAGCCAGCUGCUGACAAACCUCAUCCAAGGGAAUCUGCUUCCCUCGGCUCUCGUCUGGAUCACUUCCCGACCCGCAGCAGCCAAUCAGAUCCCUCCUACAUGUGUUGACAGGCUAACAGAAGUACGAGGCUUCACUGACGCCCAGAAGGAGGAGUACUUCAGGAGGAGAUUCAGCGAUGAAGAGCUGUCCAGCAGAAUCAUCUCUCACAUGAAGACAUCCAGGAGCCUCCACAUCAUGUGUAGUAUCCCAGUCUUCUGCUGGAUCACUGCUACAGUUCUGGAGCACAUGUUGACUACAGAGCAGAGAGGAGAGCUGCCCAAGACCCUGACUGACAUGUACUCACACUUCCUGCUGGUUCAGACAAAGAGGAAGAAGAACAAGUACCAUGAGGGACAUGAGACGAGUCCACAGGAGCUGACGGAGGCUGACAGGGAAGUUCUUCUGAAGCUGGGGAGGCUGGCGUUUGAACAUCUGGAGAAAGGAAGCAUCAUGUUCUACCAAGAAGACCUGGAGCAGUGUGGUCUGGAUGUCACAGAGGCUUCUGUGUACUCAGGAGUUUGUACAGAGAUCUUCAAAAGAGAGUGUGUGAUCUUCCAGAAACCAGUCUACUGCUUUGUUCAUCUGAGCAUUCAGGAGUUUCUGGCUGCUGUCUACAUGUUCCACUGUCACACCAACAGGAAGACAAAGGUGCUGGAGAACUUCUUUGGGAAAAAAUAUAAAGAGUCCUCUUUGGAUGAUUUUCUGAAGCAAGUCAUGAGAAAAUCCCUCCAAAGUAAAAAUGGCCACCUAGAUCUGUUUGUUCGCUUCCUUCAUGGCCUCUGUCUGGAGUAUAACCAGAGACUCUUAGGUCUGCUGGGUCAGACAGAGAUCAGUCCAGGAACCAUCCAGAGAGUCACCAAGAACCUGAGGAAAGUGAACAGUGAUAAAAUCUCUCCUGACAGAAGCAUCAACAUCUUCCACUGUCUGAUGGAAAUGAAAGACCUCUCAGUACAUCAGGAGAUCCAAAAGUUCCUGAAGUUAGAGAAAGGAACAAAGGAGGAACUCUCUGCGAUCCAGUGCUCAGCUCUGGCCUUCAUGCUGCAGAUGUCAGAGGAGGUUCUGGAUGAGUUGGACCUGCAGAAGUACAACACAUCAACCCGGGGACGACAGAGACUGAUUCCAGCUGUGAGGAACUGCAGAAAGGCUCGACUGACUCAGUGUGGACUCUCAGAGACUCACUGUGAAGUUGUGGCCUCAGCUCUGAAGUCCAACCCCUCCCAUCUGACAGAGGUGGACAUGAGUGGAAAUGUGCUGCAGGAUCUAGCAGCGAAGCUUCUGUGUGCUGGACUGGAGAGUCCAAACUGUCAACUGGAGACUCUGAGGGUCCAGUAUGUCAAAUGUCCAAGGAUUCAUUUAAAUUGUAUCUACCACAGACUCACUGUUUGUAACCUCUCAGAGAGAAGCUGUGAAGCUCUGUCCUCAGUUCUCAGCUCCCAGUCCUGUAGCCUGAGAGAGCUGGACCUGAGUAACAACAACCUGCAAGUUUCAGGGGUGAAGCUUCUGUCUGCUGCACUGCAGAGUCCAUAUUGUACACUGGAAAUUCUGAGACUGAGUGGCUGUAACCUCUCAGAGAGAAGCUGUGAAGCUCUGUCCUCAGUUCUCGGCUCACAGUCCUCUAGUCUGAGAGAGCUGGACCUGAGUGACAGUGACCUGGGGGAUUCAGGAAUGACACUUAUGUCUGCCGCACUGCAGAGUCCACAUUGUACACUGGAAUCUCUAAGGCUCCAGUACCUCACCUGCUCAAGUCUGCCCAUCUGUGAAUAUCACCUUGUUGUCUUGUCCCACAGCAAAUUAAAUAAUGACCUAGGAAUCAUAUGAAUUUGAAAAUGAUCAAAUACAUUUUGAACAUUACUCAAUCGGACCGUGAGAAUUAAAAUUAAAUGAAUAAAAAUAUUUGAUAAUACCAAAAAAGUUUCCAAAGUUUACAGAUCAUUCAGUUCAUUACUUCAUGUUUGCAGUGGGCAAGUUCUGGAGGACUUGCUCUUAUCUAUGAGAUGAUAUUCCCAGCUGAUGCCCAGGUAUCAACACAACGCACUAACGUAACUCUGUAAAACUGACACAUUCAGAGUUUGUGUAGUGCUGUCGUGGAAGGAAAGCUCUGCUUCGUUCAGUCUGCAAAAUGCUUUCACAUUUAUUUAAAGUUUUGGUGCCUAUUUCCUUCCUUCCUCCUGUUUUGCCAUUUGUACUACAUUCUUCUUUGUUAAUAUUGAGUGAAGGCUUGGCAGACAAUAUAGGCAAUACUUCCCCUCACAGCUUCCUGUACUGUAUUGCCGUUACAAAAGUCCAAAUGAUUCUUCUCAUAUACAAAGUUCUGCUUAUUCAGACUCAAUCAUAUGUUAAAACCUGCAUGAUACCAUAUUACUGUCAGGCUGCAGGCGUUGGUCACCAGUAUACAUCCCCCAGAUCAGCACUGAUGCAGAAAGAGAAGAAGUCAGAAGUGGAAACAACAACAGUUUUUUCCAAACUUUUUCAGACAAUGUCAUGGCCACCCCACUAUGGUGCGGGCUAAGGCAGGGAGGAGACAGCAACACAAGACAACCAAAAUUAAUGAAGGAGAGGUACAACAGCUAGGUUAACAGUCAGGCAGUAUUUAUUGAUGGUUUUCUAGGGUACCCCAAGCUUACCUAUCCAGCCUCCCACCAAAACACUCUACAGUUCAGCUUAACAGUUCAGCAAGAGUCAAAACCUGCCCAGCUGGCCAGGGAGCUGCUCUUUUGUAAUGAUCCCUGGCAAGCUAUUGGCCAACUGUGCCCAGAUCAGCCAAUAGACACAAUUAUCUUUGAGUUGGCCAAUAGGUGAAGGCUUGACACCUGAAAGAUAAGAGCAACAGAAAAACAAAGCAUCGUAUCUUGGCAUGUAACAGACAAAGUCUCAUGUUUUCAAACUCUUGCAACAACUCCUCUGUAUAAUUUGUGAAUCUCUGAGCUUCUGUACUGAAAUAUCAUUAAAAUGGCAGAAAAACUAACACAAUCAACAUAGUCGUGCCUUCAACCCAGCUGUGAAGGUUCAAUGUGCCAUGAUUAAAGCAAUCAAGAGGUGUACAACUGACCAAAGCAACAUUAACACGGCGGAUGUGACAUCAUUUUCGGUUUGUGAUCCAGCAGGUGACCCUGAGCUAUCCCUUUUAUUAUGCUGUUAUAGUUUACACUACAUAUUCACUCUUUUGCAACUUCUGUACACUAUUAACAUUUAUCUAUGCUCUCUGUAGUGUCUUCAAAUCCAACAAAAGUGGUAUCAGGCAUUUGUGGUACAUUUGUGCUGCAAAAUUUUUUGUUUGUGCCGCUGUCAUUUUUAAAUUAUUAAUAAAAGUUUCUAGAAGUCAUCAAAGGUCAACCAGCCCAACUGGCAGGCCCCUUUGAAUUUCUUCAGAAGUGUCCUUUUAUAAAUAACUUUAAAAUGAUAGCCUCACAAAGGAAAAGCUUUGCUGCACAAACCAGCACAAAUGUAACACAAAUGUUUGACAUCAUUUUUGUUUAAUUUUGGCAAUGUGGGGGCUUGUUGACCUUAGAUGAACUCUAGAAACUCCUAUUAAUAUCUUUAAAAUGAUAGCGGCAAAAACAAACAUUUUUGCAGCACAAACCAGCACAAACUUAGCACACCACGUUUGUUGGAUUUGAAGAAUAUCAGGGUGCCAACUUCACUCACGUUUUCUCUUUGGCUCUUGAUGGUUUUGUUUUGUUUUUGUGCUUCACUUUUUUUCCCCUCAUUCUGCGUCUGCCGGAGGUUUCUGCAUGUCAAAAGGUUCUUCCUCGCCACUGUGGCCAAGUGCUCAACAGAAAUGGUUGGAUUGUAAUAUUGUAGAGCCUACUGCUACACAACUUGAGAUCACUGUUCUCAUCACUUGUUUUUUUUAUAAAGCUAACUUGAAUUGAAUGGAUGGAAUGUAUGAGGGGCAAUGAAUCUGAAAAAAAAAAAGGAAAAGCAAAGACAAACCUUCAAUGAUGUGUUCAAAGAUGUUGUUUUGUGUGUGUGUGCAGCCUGUCAGGCUGUCUGAUCACAGAGGAAGGCUGUACUUAUCUGGCCUCAGCUCUGAGCUCCAACCCCUCCCAUC